AUGUCUCUGAUGAUCAAAGGUAACAGAAAAAACUCUUAAUUUCCCUAAUUACGUUUUGCAGGAAAAGCAGCGCAUAUUGCGCCGAGAAGACGGCAAAGUCAAGGAAGUCAAGCUACGAGAACCGAGCAAAUUUCUCGGAAAACUUCUGUGUACGCUUUUAGACUAAUGAAGGCAUGAAUCGAGAUGUGUUUCAGAGAAGCGACCGACCACGAGGCUAAUGAGAUUUCGAAUCUUGCUGACCAAUACGCGCAGAGCCUGCAGCAGCAGAUUCAACUUUUGCAAAUCGAAAAUUCGUUUUUGUGAGUUUUAGGGUCUAAUUCUUUGAUUUUACUUAGGGAUUUACAGAAAACAACAACAAGAGAAGCGAGUGGAAGAGGAGGAAGAGAGACAACAAGAACGUCAUCAUCAAUUACAAGAACAAUAUCGUUUGGGAAAAGUGCGAGAGAGUGAGCAACAUCGUCGUGCGACUACAACGCAAAUACUGGCACGAGGAAACGAAGUGAGCCAAUAAUAAUAGGAUGGAAUGGAAUCGCGUGAUAUCCUUUUAGGUUUCGCUGAAUGGAGAGACGUGGUGCCAGUUGCCGCCAUAUCACCCGCCCAUUCCGGCUGUUAUCACGGAUAGGUCGCAUUGCUCUCAAAAAGGAAGAGAAAGAGAUAAAGUAAUCACUAGUGCGUUUUGUUUUUCGUGAAUAACGUUUUAUAUUAGGUAUUCUACUCGGCUGCACGUGACCAAAGGGAGUACAGCGUCCCAUGUUUUCCGCGUUCUCAAAACGUCAACUCCAUGAGGUAGGCGCCCAAUUGCGUGGGCUAAUUAGUCAGAAACAUGUUCGUUUAGGGACAGGUCAUUUGUCAUGAGCCAAAACUACGAAAGAGAUGAAUCUAUGAUGGAAGCUGCUCAGGUAAAUUGUGCUCCAAUACUAUCAUGGAUUACAGAUGGACUAUUUACAGAGAAACAAUCAUCUUGAAAAGGAAAUUGCCGUUUUGAAAGAAAGAGAAGUUGAGCAGGAGAAUAUCAUCAGCUCGUUGACGCAUCGAAUCAAAAUUAUAGAGUCUGAGAAGAGAAAUGAACUGGGUACGACUUUUUCGUGAUGCCUACCGCUGAGAAAUUUUUGUAGAUGUAAUUACAACCGAGAAGAAGAGUCUGUUAGAGGAACUGUUGCAUAUGCAGAAGCGAAUUGAUGAGUUGGCACCGGCUUGUGCGGAAAAAGAACUGAAAAUAGUGGCGACUGAUAACGAGAAGCUCGAUCUCACGAAACGAUUAAGACAUGCCAAUAGUGACAUCUCUCAUCUUCAGGUACGAACCUUUUUAGAAACGUUUGAAUGAAAUUCUUUUUAGGCGACCAUUAUGCACCUACAAGAGGACCUUCUGGCAAAAGACUCCAAAAUAAAAACGCUGAAUGAAGAGAUUCAGUACUUACGCAGUCGAAUCUCGGUAGUUGAAGAAGAAACUCGGGAGCUGAGAUUGAAAGAGGAGCAAAAUCAAGAGACGAUCAGCUCGUACAUACAACAAGUGCGGGAGUUUGAACUGACGAAGAUAAACGAUAGAAAACUUAUUGAUAAGGUGAGAAAUUAAUUAAAUUUGAUGGAGUGAAAUCUUUGGUAGGUGAUGGAAGAGAACUCGAGCAUGAUAAAGGAAAACGCCAAGUUGUCGACGAAGCUAAGUCGUCUGGAACAAGUGGAUUACUCGUCGAGACAGAAAGAACUGAAGGAAGCGCAAGUCACAAAUGAAACUGUUUCUGAGCUUCGAUCGGCGCUUCAAUCAGAGAGAAGCUCCAGUCACAGUUUGCUCAACAAAAUUGAAAUCACGAGAUUGAGAUGUGAAGAGUUGGAGAAAGCGGUAGGAGUUACACAGAUCCUGAAACAAACUUUUGUUUGGCUUACAGAUUAUGGACCGUGAUAAAAGUGAAGAUGAGAAUAUCGCGGAGAGAAGUCGUGUGGAAAAAGAACUCAACGCAUUGCAUGCACUGUCAAAGUGAGUUACAAGUUUAGACCGAAACGAAAACAGCUUUUUACAGAUCUCUUUCCUCCGAGAACAAGGUACUCCGAGAGGAAAAAAUGAUGCAUGAGGAAGUGAUUGACGAGUUGAAGGGAAAAGUGAGAAGACAAAGAUAUCCGGCAGCACUGAGGAAACAACUUUUCAGAUCCGCGCCCUCGAAACGAGCAUCCGGUCGACACAGCACGCACAUCACGAAAAAGAGAGACAAAAUGCGUCGAGAAUCUCGGAGUUGGAAGAUGAGGCAUCGAAAAGACAUCAGAAAUACUUGGAAUUUGAGGAAAUCUCUGAAACAUUACACCAGAUCGCAUCGUUGCUCCCCUCUAAAACCUCCAGCAUGACUCACCCGGAGAAAUCUCACGACUGUGCAAAAUGAUAAUACUCUGCAACUAUUGAAGCACUGAAGGUCAUCCAGAAUGUUUUCCCUGUGCCUAUUAUAAGCUAAGAUUACCCAUUUCUCUUUCCUAAACCACCGAUUCUAUCUUUCAUGCACUGUAACACUAAAAAAUACUUUUCUACUAUACGAUGUUUGAAUUUAAAAAAAACUUGAAAGUUGCACGCUAUUGUUGCAUUGUUUGCCUGCGAGCACUGGGCAGGUUCUAUAUAACAAUUAUUUCUUUCAAUAUCGUUCAUUUUAAAUACCCGGAUCCAUAAUACUUUGGAAGCACUACAAGAUAUUUUUCAAAGGUGUAUCGCUCUGAAUUCAAAACAACCUGUUAUGGCGAUUGUGUACAUGAAAACUCGUUCUCGUACCACACGCAAAUUCUUUUUGCACAUCAUUCCGCUCUCCACUUGCCCAUUCUAUCUGCUGUACAAUCGUUGCGCGCAAUCAGAUCGCAGAUGCUCCAUAUGCCCCUCUCUCGUCGGCCUCACUAGCGCGCAGAGAUCGCUCCGCAAAAAAAGACCACACCAGUAGCGGAGAGGAUUAGAGAGCGUUUCGGGGACUAGGCACUGCGCGGUGCGAUUUCUCGGCCCUGCUGCGGUGUCUUGUUGCUUGGCCCUGGGCAGGGCAGCAGAGAUGCUGAAGACGACUCUCACGCUCGUCGCCGCAUCUCCUUCUCUUCUCGCCGCCGCCGGCUGCGCUUCGUUUUCCAUUCAUAGUCGAGUCGUGUCGUUAUUCGGACGCUUCUAGAAUAUUUGAGCAGAUCGCCACUAACCGCUUUUCGACACUUGUCCAUCCAGAAGGACGGGCGUGUGCACAUGAAACGGGUGCUCCGUCGGUCGGCAUCAAAACACGCGAGCACACUGUUCAAAGUCAUCUGCAUCCUUGCUUUAUGCUCGUUUAUCGUCUACUUAAGAUCUGAAGAUCGUGUCAUUCAACAGGUUUGCUAGUUCUUUACGGUUUUUGUGUUAUCCCAACAUCUUUAGGAGCUUGCUAUCAAUGCCCCUAGUUCAAGUUCAACGGAAGAGACGGCGGAGGAAACAUCAACAACAGUGAGUACCUGGACAUCGUCUAAAUAUCACUAAAAUUCAUAUUCAGAGAGUUGGAAAUGAUACUGAAUUCGUGGCGGCAGUGUUAGUGUUCUGUGCAACAAGGCCCGACGCUCUUAGGAAUCAUUUAUCACAAAUUUUAGCGUGAGUUUACAUACUUUUCCAUGUCUUUCCAUGUCUUUCCAUCUAAACCCAAACAUUUUGUUCCAGACAACGACCUUCCCCUUACCAAUACCACAUAAUCAUCAGCCAAGAUGGAGAGAAGUCGUCCGUUUCCGAAGUUGCCUUGCGAUUCGUAAAAGAUUUCAAGAACGUAACGCAUAUACGAGUGAGUCGUCUUUGUUCUCCGAUCAUUUCUCAUACAUUAUGCGUUCCCAGCAUGAGAAGAACGACAUGAAAAAGCGCAAUAACUACCCGGCUAUAUCAGCGCAUUAUAAGUGGGCACUGGACAAGGUAUUCAACGAGUUCCGGUAUAAUCAUGUCAUCGUGACUGAAGGUUAGUUGAGAGAACACUGACGGCUCAUUGAAUAUUGUAGAUUUCGGGAGAGAGAAGGAAUGCAUGUAAAUCUUUUUUGUUUUCCAGACGACCUUGACAUCGGUAACGAUUUCUUCUCGUAUUUCCGAUGGGGAAAACAAGUUCUUAAUGCGGACGACACCAUCUGGUGAGAGUGUUCUUCAAAAAGACCACACAAGAAUGGAUACGCGUUUCAGGUGCGUCUCGGCUUGGAAUGACAACGGAGGAGGCGGAUUGAUAGACGUGACGCGUGGAGAUCUGGUCUGGAGGACCGAUUUCUUUCCCGGACUAGGCUGGAUGUUGACCAGACAACUCUGGGAGGAACUCUCGCCCGGAUUCCCGGCCGCUUAUUGGGAUGACUGGAUGAGACGGCCCGAGGUACGCAAGAAUCGGUCCUGUGUGCGGCCGGAGAUCAGUCGGACUUCGCAUAACAUGAAGCUCGCCGGAAAAGGCUCUAGCGGGUAUUUUCCACUCAGAAAAAGUAGCCCAAUUAGGAAUAUAAUCUCGUUGCAGAGGAAUGUACAAAGACUAUCUCAGCAAGAUCAGCGCUUCCCAGUCCAACAUCGACUUCUCCCUGUUACCUACCAAAUUGGUCCAUAAACAAACAUACGAUCAACUUCUCAUUGAACAAAUUGAGGUUGAUUCACUUUUUUCACUUCCCGUUUGUCCUUUCUUUCACUAAUUGCCACCUAGUUCAGAACGCGCGGCCCAUUAAACUGGAUAACACGACAAAAAUGGAGAAAACCUACAAUUACAAGUACGAUUCAUCCAAUUUACAGUAUCCUUUUCAUGAGGAUGUCCGUUUUCCAGAAUUCAAUACGAAAACAUCAGGGAUUGGCACAAGCUCGCCGCACAUUUCAAGUUGAUGACCGACAUCCGGGUACGUCUUGCGAGUCUCAUUUUGAGUACACGCACUUGUUUAUUUGCUCAGCUGACAUCUCAAAUUGUUUUCAACGAAAAAGGAGACGCAAUUUCGAAUGACACAUUUUUCAGGGAGGCAUGCAACGGACCGCUUACUACGGCGUCGUCACGGUGAUGGUUAACGGUUGUCGUGUUUUUGUGGUGCCUGAAGCAACGUACCAAAACCCCAAACAUCUGGCCAACUUUGUGUAUAAUCCGAAUUGGGACAAGCAGAACAGAUUCAUCGAGUUUGAAAACUACUAUUGCAAAACGAAAAAGUGAGAGAGAGGGAAAGAGAGAGAGAAUCAUUUUUCACUAUCAUCUGCAUUUUCUCAGGUACCCUGGCAAAUGUGACCCCCACAGUCCGGAAAUGAUUUCGUUUUUCAAGAAAAAAGGUUGGAGGAAACGACUAGAAGAUUGGGGCGAGAUGAUUGUUGUUUAGCGAUGGUACGAGGUAUGUGUGCGCGGUGUCAUCUCUUGACAAAUACGAAAACUAUUUCCCUGAAUGAAUCAUGUUUUGGUCAAUUCAAAUACCACUCUGCCCUAUACCACUAUUCUCACCAAAAUGUAUUCCAAAAUUGUCGCCUUUCUAGCGAUUCUCUCAAUUCUUCCAAUUUCGGCGGCCUAUGUAAAUUGCAUCAAUUCGUUCAACGGGAGAUCUUUCGGAGUAGUCCAGUGUACGACGAAUUAUUGCAAAAAGUAUACGGGCAGCAGUGGGAUUGUCAGUUUUUGGAAGUAAUUCUUGCACAUUACGAAUUUUUCAGGUUCAAUUAUCCUGUGACGAUACGGGUGACUGUAAACGUUCGUUUGAGCGCACUUUCGUCGGACCUGUGCAGGUAAGAGUUCAAAAAAAGGUUGCAAAUAUUCUCUAUUUUUGAUUUUUUCAGAUGUACGCGUGUAUGUCAGACCAAUCAACCCGCCAAACUUGUUGCUGUAACUAUGAUUUCUGUAACGGUGCUUCAAUCAACACCCGCUUCUUUAUCAUGUUCGCCAUGCUCAUCCUAA